CCUCUGCGCCGGAAGCGUUGGCCACUUUCCCUCGGAGGCCGGCUGCGGGUGGUUGGCCGGUGCGGGGCUGGCUCCUUGUGUCUACGGUGGCCUCCGUGCUUCUGCCAUGGCGGGCUGUGGGGCACCAAUGGCGGCGAUUGCCGAGAGGUCGCUUACGGAAGAUGAGAUGGCAGAGGUGAAAAAAGAGGUCUUGGAACAGUUGCGUCGCUAUCUCUGUGAGAAAAUAAUUGCAGAAAGGCACUUUGAUUAUCUGCGUUCAAAGAAAAUACUCAGUCGAGAGGACACUGAAGAAAUCUCUUGCCGAGCCUCAAGCAGGAAAAAGGCUGGGAAGCUGCUGGAUUACUUAGCAGAACAUCCAAAAGGACUAGAUGCUUUGAUAGAAUCUAUUAGAUUAGAAAGAACACAGAAUUUCCUAUUACAAAAGAUAACUGAUGCCAUCCUGAAAGCAAAAAAUGAAAAACUCGAAGGUCUUAAAGAAUUGAGCUGUAGCAACUGCAGGCCUUCGUUAUAUGAACAAACAAACAAUCUCUCUAGGUCACAGUCAAAUGAAUCUAAUUUCUUUGAAAAACAAAAAGACCAAGAAUGCACCUACAUUCCUCAUCCAGAAAUGCUUAGUACCUCUGCUUUCGUGUCAGCUGCUUCCCUUUAUUCAAUGAAUUUACCCAUUACUGAAGUUGGAAAUGCAGAAAACUCAGUUUUUUCAGCUGCCCUUCCUGGACCUGGAGAUCCUGGAGCACCACCUCUUCCACCCCAGUUGCAGAAUGAACAAGAGGAGACAUGUUCCACCUCCAGUGAUAAUCACUUCUUGCCUUUGAGAUCCCGCUCACUUUUUCCACAGUGAAGAAUGGGUUCCUGAUGAAUCUUACAUGGUAAUAAUGCUGCACAGGAUGUCUUGUAUAGUUUUACAAAAAAGAGAUUUUUAAAAACUGUAAAAUAACAGUAGGUUAAGAAUGCUGAGGACAAUCUUCUUUGAAAAUAGUUCACUGAACCUGAUAAAUAGUUUAGGAGGUUGUAAAGCUGCAUAUUUUCUCUAACAUCAUAUUAUCAUCAUUCUGUUUCAAUUAUUGCCACUUAAAUGCCUUUAAAGGGGCUUUCUUAUAUUCAGGUAGGAAAAAUGAUGCUCAGAUGAUUUUAAAAGAUUUUACAUUUACAGGGUUUUCCAGCUUUUCUAAAAGUGCUACACACUUCUUCCUACGAGAACAUAACUUCUUUUUUUCAUAUUGAACUCUCCUAAAAAAAAAAGGAGAAUAACUUCUCUUACUUGCCACAGUAGCCAUUUUCUCUAGUAAUUCUUAGGGCUUGCUCAAACAUAUUAACUCCUGACAGCUUCCUAGAUGUUUUCCUAAUAGGUACUAUUUAACUGUCAUAAGGAGGGACAUUUAGCACAGAAAGAAAUCUAUCGAUUUCUUACCUCACUGUUACCAUCUUACAUUGGAAGUAAGCUUUCACUUGUGCCUUAUUAAUAUACAAAAAUUAAGUUCAGUCUGGAAACAGCACCUAACUUUGCUGCAAAAAAAGCAUUGAUUAGCAAUGGGCAGAGGUAAAGAAAAGAACCCCCUGACAAAGCAAGAGGUGCAUUGAUUGGUUUGCAGCAAUAUUUCUGUGCAUCAUCUUGGAUUGAGUUUUUUGGGUAGUUAUUAUGGCAUGCAUAUCCACAGUUUAUUACUUUUAGCAUUAACUGCUCUUUUAAAAAAAUGACAUGAUCUGUCCUUUGUUCCCAUUAAACUUCAAGAAGCAUUAAAGAUGUACUUCACAAGACGUCUUAAAGUGAUUGAAUAGCGGCAAAUUUUCUGGGCACUGAAUGUUGACACUUUCAUAGUACUUAUGGUGCAGAUGCUUCUUCUCAGUGCUGAAUAUAUUGCUAAAGUAAAAAGGUUUGAUUCUUCUUCAAGGUGGGACAAUGCUGUUCUACAGACAGUGGGUUAGAACCAGUAAAUCUCUUCUACAUUUUCCUCCAGAGAAAAGGAAUCUUUACAUCAGAAUUUGGCAACAGGGGGUCUUUGGAUCAUAACUUACCCCAAACAAUCAAAAGGAGCAAAAGAUCUCCCUCAGUCAUCUGGAGGACUUCCUUGUGGCCAGGUCACUGGAAAAUGGGGGCAUUGGUGAGGGAACGUCUGUGUACUACUGUAAAACAGUUUAUAGGAUUAAUGAUUUUCUAAUUAUUUUUUCACUAUACUGAGAAUGUGUGUGAGACAGCUUAUAUGUAAACAUGCAUAACAAUGAAAAAUGUGAUAUUAUUUUAGAGGUCAUAUUUGUACAAUGUAAAGAAAAUCAUGUAUUGUGUACUGUUGGGGUAACACCAUAAUAUUUCAGCAAUCCUUUUUUCAAAUAUUCUCUUACAGUCAUUGUAUGUCCACUAUCUGGACAUGCAUGGGGAGAUAGUUAUGCUCAAGAUGAAUGCUUACCAAAAGGAAGCUGGCUUUCUGUGGGGCCUCUGAGAUGCAACAGAUUAUAAAUAUAUCUUUGCAUUAUUUUGUUUUUAGUUUUUAAAUCAGAUUUAAUUGCACUAAUAGUCUGGUCCUAUGCAUGUUUAUGCAGAAGUAAGUCUCACUGAAUUCACUGCAACUUUAUCACAGGUUAAGUAGGAUUAAAACCUAAUAAAGUUCCUUAUGAGCGCAACUGUUGUAUAUAAUGUGUUGAUCACUGUUUUGUGGAAUACUGGAGUUCUUUCAUAAGCUUGAACUGGUCUAUUUUUCUCCUAAAGCUGUGACCAUUUGUAUUACAAAUUUCCCUACCUCAUAGCUUACCAAAACUCAGACAUGUACAGUGGCAUUUAACAGAGCAUUCUUUAUCUAAUAUAUCUGCUUAUGCAUUCACGCAAGAGUGAACUAGUGAUUCCCACUGCUGACUUACGUAUAAUUUUAUGAAUAUUAAAUACUCCUAUUAUUAGUUUGCUCUUUUCUGAAGUUUGAUUAUAUGAUGCAAUCUAUGCUGUAUCGUCAUACCAUCCUAUUCAGUGUCAAUGAGAAUUCCCCAGUGUGGUGCCUGUGGGCACAAUGGCGCCUGCCAGUACUUCCCUUGGCACUCACCAAGCUUGUCAGAAAGCGAGUGGAGCCACUGUAUGGCAGGCCUUGUCAUUGGGUUCCCUCAUUCAAAUGAAAGGGUUUCGCAGGGCUGCAAAUUGAGGAGGGAGAUACUGCGUUAGGCUUCAUCUGCCUCAGGCAUUUUGUGGUGGCACUCUCCAUUCCCUCUCAAAAUUCCGUUGGUAUUCACAGGCUUAAAAAGGUUGGGGACCCUGAUGUAGA